AUGACAACGAUUUUAUUAUCCCAAAACGAUAUUUGCACAAAAUAAUAUUCGCAUGAAAUUAGAUUAACCACAUCAUCAAAUUACAAGAAAAUCAUAUUUUAAUCCUGUGAGUUUUCCAAUGGUUUCUUUAAGUUUAAGCUAUGAAGCCAGGCAGUCUGCUAUGUGUUGUUUGUGUUAGCAUUAUCAUCAUACUUCUGCUAGACUGUGUGACUGAGGUUCAUUCUGGAAGGGUGCAAUAUCAAUAUAAGAAAUACACUUACAGGAAAAAAAGAGAUGAUAAGAUCUACAAGAAUGCAAAACAACCUUGUGAUAUAAAUCCUGAUUGUCUUGCAAAAAGAGGAGCUGAACAAGCUAUUUGUAUACGGAAGUGCAUCUCUGACUUUUGUUACACCGACAUUUAUUCUCAAGACGAGCUUGAAGAAGGAGAAAUUGAUGUGAGACUUAAUUCUUUUAAAGGUUGUGUUUCCCAAAGAAAAUAAAACUGAACUGUGUGACUUCGAUACAGUCAUAUAAAUGUUAUUAAGUUGUGAACACAAAAAUCUUAGUGACUUUUUAGA